UUAUAUGAGUAGUCAAAACAAACCCACCCUCUCUUUUCUUUUUCCCAUCAUUCAUAAAGUGAAAGCCAACACAUAAAGCUACCAUACAAACAGUCUGAAAUCAUUCUUUCUUGCUCUAAAAGGGAUCAUCACUUGCAGUUGCACACAAACAUAGGAGGUUUUAAUUCUCUCUCUCUCUCUCUCUGUCUGUGAAGUCAUCAGAGUUUCUUUUCUUUUUAUCUUCUCAAAAUCAAUGGAUGCUGAUAAAUGGUCACAGGGUUUUCAGGGUUUUGGCGUGGUGAAGCCAAGGGAAAGCACAAUGGGAGGGCCAGUUCUAGAGAGAAAAACAAGGCCACCGGAGCAGUUGAAUUGCCCGAGAUGCAACUCAACAAACACCAAGUUUUGUUACUACAACAAUUAUAGCCUCACUCAGCCAAGAUACUUCUGCAAGACUUGCCGGAGGUACUGGACCGAGGGAGGAUCUUUAAGGAAUGUGCCGGUCGGCGGCGGUUCGAGGAAGAACAAAAGAUCCACGAUGAUAUCGACACCGUCUUCAGCUUCAGCCAAAGUCUCGGAUCUAAGCUCGACGAGCUUCCCUCACUUCUUGUCGUCUCAAAACCCUAAGGCACCACCAGUCCACAAAGGCCAGGACCUUAACCUGGUUUUCUCUGCUAACCAAGAGACUCAUCAUGGUUUGGGUUUGUCUCAUUAUAACGACCAGCAAAACUACUUCUGGCCUUCGGCCAUGGAUCUCCUUAGGGCUGGGAUGGUGUCAUCAAAGGGGUUGAAUUCUUUCGUUCCGGCACCGACCCAAGACUCGACUGCGCUUUACUCGACUGGGUUUUCCAUGCAAGACUAUAAACCGACACUCAGUUUUCCGAUCGAUGGAGCUGAAAAUAGGGCUGGUGUGGUCCAUGGAGGUCAAGAGAAUAAUGUUGGAAGGGUUUUCUUCCCUUUUGGAGAAAUAAAACCGAUUUCGAGUCCUACUGGAGUUGAUGAUCGAAACAAGGAACAAAACAAUUCAGCUGGAUAUUGGAAUAAUAAUGGAGUGUUAGGUGGAGGAUCAUGGUAAAAGAAACGGCGACGACGAAGAAGGAUCAAGGAACUGCUUCUUCCUUUAUUCUUUUAUUCACAUGGUUGAUUUGAUUACUAGUAGUUAAAAGUUGUUUAGAACUAACAGAUCAUCAUCAUAGGAUGCAUAUAUAACGAUGGGGUUUCUUCAUUUGCUUUU